AAGAUGGCCGACACGGCGGCCACUGCCGGGGCCGGCGGCUCCGGAACGAGAUCAGGAAGUAAACAAUCUACUAACCCUGCUGAUAACUACCAUCUGGCUCGGCGGCGAACCCUGCAAGUGGUUGUGAGCUCUUUGCUGACAGAGGCAGGGUUUGAGAGCGCUGAGAAAGCAUCUGUGGAAACAUUGACAGAGAUGCUGCAGAGCUACAUUUCAGAAAUUGGGAGGAGUGCCAAGUCUUACUGUGAGCACACAGCCAGGACCCAGCCCACACUCUCAGAUAUUGUGGUCACACUUGUUGAGAUGGGUUUCAAUGUGGACACUCUCCCUGCUUAUGCAAAACGGUCUCAGAGGAUGGUCAUCACUGCCCCUCCAGUGACCAAUCAGCCAGUAACCCCCAAGGCCCUCACGGCAGGACAGAACCGACCCCACCCGCCGCACAUCCCCAGCCAUUUUCCUGAGUUCCCCGACCCCCACACCUACAUCAAAACUCCGACGUACCGCGAGCCUGUGUCAGACUACCAGGUCCUGCGGGAGAAGGCUGCAUCCCAGAGACGAGACGUGGAGCGCGCACUCACCCGCUUCAUGGCCAAGACAGGCGAGACCCAGAGUCUCUUCAAAGAUGACGUCAGCACGUUCCCACUGAUUGCUGCCAGACCUUUCACCAUCCCCUACCUGACAGCUCUUCUGCCGUCUGAGCUGGAGAUGCAGCAAAUGGAGGAGACGGAUUCCUCGGAGCAGGAUGAGCAGACGGACACCGAGAACCUCCCUCUUCAUAUCAGCACGGAUGAUUCUGGAGCCGAGAAGGAGAACACCUCUGUCCUGCAGCAGAACCCCUCCUUGUCGGGGAGCCGGAACGGGGAGGAGAACAUCAUUGAUAACCCCUAUCUGCGACCCGUGAAGAAACCCAAGAUCCGCAGGAAGAAGUCCCUCUCGUGAGCUGAGAAGGAAGCCUGCCUUGUACAGGGACAUGGACACCACGCUCCUUGGGGAGUUACAGCCACUCAAGGGAAGCAGAGAGGGUGGCCUCCUCGUGGUCGUGCUGAGGCUGCCAGGAUGCAACUGGGCAUGAUUCUAACAGCAAACUCCAUAUGAAGAUUACCUGUUUCCACUGGAUGUUUGGGUUGAGGGAGAUGUGAUGGUAACAACGAGGCUUUCUUAAUCAACCAGGCCAUGCUAUGGGGUGUAGGAGCAGCUGGUGACUUCAUCUACUAUCACAGGACUUGAUUCCUUGGAAACCUAGAAGACCAGAGAAGGUGGUAGAAAGAAAGGAUUCGGUGCCUGCUUUGCUUACUGCCAGAAAGACUGUUUGCCUGGUUUUUUUUUUUCAGGAUAUCUAGACCCCUUUUAUUGACUCGGAAAUAAUUUGUGGCACCAAUUUAUCAUCCUAGAACCUCAUUCUUAUUUCUCUCCUCACGUGGGCUCCAUGUGCCCUGUUGAGCUGAUGGAAGGUGGCUUUGCCCUCCCUCAUCACGUUGGAAACAGGAGGCCCACACAUCGCAGCCUGGACCUGGGGCUGGCAGGGUCAGGAGGCGGGAGCAGAGACGUUAGUGUGGAGGAGAAUGAGGUAUAAGGGCAGCACUGCUUCUCUCGU